AUGAAGAGGUCGAACUAUCGAAAUGACAAUGAGGAGGGCGCACCAACCGUCUCCAGGAGGAAGUCUCCUCCGCUCGACAUUCGACUUCCACUUGAGAUGAAGUUGGUUAUGCAGCGAGAUCGUAGUUCCACGGAUAAGCCUGCAUUGCGUGCUACUUGCGACAUCCCGACGGGUCAUAUCUGGGGCCCCUAUCGACUCGCUGGACUGUGCCGCAGUUCGAGUCCCCUGAAUGAGAGCAGUUUGAAUUCCGCUCACAGGCAGAUCACAGUAUUUAGUGGCGAUUCAUGCGAACUAGUUGCGCGAGUGAACGAGGAAAAUGCUUGGAUUAAGGUCAUCCAGGAACGCGUGCCCUCAGAAGGAUCCAACGUAGAAAUCAUUGUGGAAGUCGUACCAGAGACAAUCAGUGUCGUUUCGCUCACCAACAUCUCAUCAGGCAGCCGGAUCCAAGGCGCUGUCAGACUGGUUCCACCACGUGAGUUUGACCUUGACCCACUGGUUCCAACAUGCGCCUCCAAGAGUGCGUCGCCAUCUCCGCCGACUGUCGGUCAGGGCUUCGCAAGCGCCGGCGGGGGUCCGAAGAGGGACAAGAAGUGCCUCUACUGCGGUAUUUUCUUCUCCAGCCUGGACACCCUCACCGCCCACAUGACCAACUACUGCUCGCGCCGACCUCACCUCACCACUCCAACAACCGGAGCUGGAGGCGCUUCAGCGGCACCAUCGUCGAGCGCCUGCACCUCCGUCAACAGCGGUCACGUGGACAGGAUCAGUUCAACUGUGGAGACCGGAGAUUUGCCUCUGGGUGAACAGUCAACUUCACCGGGGUCUGCCUUCUCAUGGUCGAGUAGGACCACUCCAGGGAAACGAUUAAGCGAGAACACUUCCACAGGUGGAGGACUUCUAGCCGCGCCCCAUUCUCCUCACUCGACCAGCCGUGGUACCCCCUCACGACACUCGCCCCCCCUUGGCGUACCUCGGCCCUCUGAUUUAGGCAGCAUGCUCACCGCCGCGGCAGUAGCAAAUCACCAGCUCGGUAGCAGCAGCAGCGCUGACCCUCUAGUCACAUUCGCCGCAGCACUAGCCUCCAUGGGUCGCUGUAGGGCCCCACCAGGGAGCGAACAGCAGUUGCAUCAGCAGCUCUUUUCUGCCGCCGCCGCCGCCGCCACCUCAGCCUCUGCGUUGGAGGACAAGUCGCGCGCGAUGUACUGCCGAGGGUGCCGGCGUUUCUACUCCAGCUCCAUCUUCUCCUUCCACGUGGGCAUAAGUCGCCACUUGAACAAGUUGGCGAACGACGGCGGCGGCGGCACCGACGUGGGUCAGUUGGCCGAGUCGGCGAAACGACUCGGGCUGGUUAUGACAGCUCCACUGAUCACCGAUGCGGGAUUUGUUUACGUCCCAGUGCACCCAGACUGUGGCGGCGGAGGAGGAGGGGAGUGUGGAGGGAGUGCCGGUAGAGCACCUCUCGACCUCAGAACAGUGAGAGCCUCAGAGGAGGCAGAAAAGGAGGGAGCUGGGAACACAGUGCAGCCACAACACCCGAAUGCCAACAAUCUGCUCGCGACAAUUAUCUCGGGACUGAUGAGUGGGGGGUUGAACCCACCACCGCCGCCGCCACCACCACCACCACCACCGGCGCCGCCAAUACCACCUCUGGCGAGCUGGUGGUUUGGAGGAAAACUCCUUGACCCUGCGGCGCUGGAGGCGUUUCUACAGGCGGUUACGACUGGACAGUCGCACCACCACCAGACCCACCACCUCCCUUCCACGGCGGACACAGCACGAGCCACGGAAGGUCCGAGUGUUGAGGUGCAGAGGCCCUAUCUCUGCACCAAUUGCCAAACACGAUUUCAGGCAUACAGCACAUUCAAGGCCCAUCAACAAUACUACUGUCAAGGUCGUCGCAAGGCCAACACGGCGACAGAGACAGCCUACCACGGAAACUCGACGUCGUCGCCCCCGCAAAGCACAAAAUCCUCGACCAGUUCUGAUCGCUCACAUUCCCCUAAGCGACGACGUCUGGCGGAGGACGGCGGCCAGGCGGUUGUGAGUCUAAAGCCCACCUCGCCAUCCCUAUCCCAGGGGGACAGCGAGACCUCCCCCUCCUCCCGAUCUGUCAACGGCGAUUGGGAGCACGUAGGAGGAGGCAGCUCGGAACUGAGAUGUCGUCUUUGUGGUUACGUUGGUCAAACCCCCAGGGGAAUGAAAAUGCACAGCCGGGUGCACGAGUGCUCGGCUGGCGGUAACGCUGGGUGUACUAUUCGCACGAAGACGGAGAAGGCGCCAAGCCCGAGGUCGCCGAACGGCAUGGACGCGACGUCAAGCCCACCACAGAUCUUCCGGGCUCAGCCGUUGUGCUAG